AUGCCCGAGAUGUCAACGAUGCAUACCGAAGAGCAGCGAUCGCGGGGUAGUGCAUCGUGGAUCCCCUCGCAGUCACGAUGCAACAAAGCUACGUAUCGGAGCCACAGCACACCAGCUGAUGAAGCGGAGAAUCAAGACCCGGAAAGAGUCCCAUUUUUACAACCGUCAAGUUGCUCACUGCCAAGUGAUGCCGACGAGAGGUCUCAGCAUGGUCCAGUUCCAAGUGCAUUUGCAGUUACUAUAACUGCCUGUGUGGUGAUGCUUAUACUGGACAUCGCGUCUUCGGUUCCAACGGCACCUCGAAUGGUGAUUUUCGAGGACAUCAUUUGUCGUAACCACUAUGCGGCGUGGCGGGAUAUUUCGAGGUUGGGGGACUGCAAAGUAAAUGCAGUUCAGGGCGAAUUGGCUCUGAUAAAUGGAUGGAAGGAUACAUUUGAAAAGAUUCCUGCCUUGUUGGUGUCGAUUCCUUAUGGAGCCUUGGCUGAUCGCAUUGGACGUAAGAAGGUUUUGAUCCUUGCCCUCACCGGAUGUCUGCUUUGUGAUACUUGGGUGGCAAUAGUCUGUCGUUUCCCACGGGUCUUCCCGCUUCGCGCAGUAUGGGUGUCUGGUCUAUGGCAGCUGAUCGGAGGAGGUGGCGCAUCAGUCAUUUCCAUGUGUUAUACACUGAUCGGUGAUGUUUGUUCUCCUGAGAAGCGGCUCGAGCAUAGCACCGCCGCCUUCUCUCAAUUAUACGCUGCUGUGCUCAUCUCGGAGUUGAUAUCUAUUCCACUUGGUUCUUCUCUCAUCUCACUGGAACCGUGGAUACCAGUCCUGGGGUCUCUGGGCUUCCUGGCCCUAGCAAUAUGUUUCGCGCUGUUAUUUGCGCCCAACUUCGCCAACUCCGCUAAAAGCUCGCGAUUUUCUCAAAGCGAUAGGCUGAUCCAGGGCCCGAAAUCCGUGCGUUCGGGAAAGAUCAGGCAUCGGUUAAGCCACACUAUGGCCAAAUUGGGUGAUAAUUGUCAAUGGAUUACUAUGGACGUCUGCUUGAUGCUCGGUGCCUUCUUCAGCUGCCAGUUGAGCCGACAAGUUUCCGGAAUACUUCUUCAGUACAGCUCGUUUAAGUUUAAUUGGGGAUAUGCAAAGGCAUCAUAUCUCAUUUCUCUUCGUUCUGGGAUAAAUCUGCUCGUCCUAGUUACACUAAUACCAACUCUCAAACGACUUUUUACCAAUUCAGGGAGGUGCGGCCAAGCUCAGUCCGAUAAAUAUAUUACCCUGAUCAGUGGCGCUUGUCUAGCUCUUGGGUCGUUUAUUAUUUUCCUCGCUGCUUCCCCCGCCGUUCUCAUCCUGGGGCAGAUUUUCUUUGCUAUUGGAUUUUCUUUUACGGUCACCGCCCACAGCUUUCUGACUGCUAUGGUCGAUUCGCACCAUUUAGGCCUUGUGAACACCGGAGUCACGACUGCGAAUUCUGUUGGUCACAUGGCCGGAGGGCCACUACUGGCGAGCAUAUUUCAGUGGGGACUGCAGCUGGGGCACUUCUGGGUUGGAAUCCCCUUUCUAUUCACCGCCGUUCUGCUCUUGAUUGCCACUCUCGCGGUAUCUAUUUCCAACGCUCCAUAA